GAACAAACGUUGUUCUCGUUUUUCUUACAGAACAAACAUACCGAAGGAAAUAAUGGCGAUACCUGACUUUCCCUUUAAAAAUCCGGAUGGCCCCUCUUUCGUUCACCACAGCAUGAUAAGAGAAUACCUCACAAGCUAUGCAAAACACUUCAAUCUCUAUCCUUACAUUAAAUUCAACACCCUGGUGAAACACGUAGAACCAGAAACUACGAGAAAUGGACAGAUGUUGUGGACAGUGACAUACGAAUCAUUGGAAACCAAAGUGCAAGUCACAAAAACCUUCGACGCCGUCGUGCUGUGCAACGGUCAUUACAGUGUCGGUCGGAUUCCACGUAUUUCAGGCAUCGAAAGCUUCCGCGGUAGAUGCGUUCACAGUCAUCAAUACAGAAUGCCAGAAAUCUACGCCGGCAAGAAGGUUUGCAUACUCGGCGCGUCCUGGUCCGGCAUCGAUAUCGCUAUGGAAGUUUCGCAAUACGCCAAUAAAAUAUAUCUGAGUCAUAAUCUGCCAGAACAGCUCGACUCGACGUUAAGCAAUGUCGAGCAGAGGCCUGGCGUCGAGUCCGUAAGGGGAAACAUCUUCAUCUUUCGCGACGGCUCCACGGCGGAAGUGGACGAUUUCAUAUACUGUACCGGUUACGAAUUCACGUAUCCCUUUAUGUCGGCUAAAGUCGAGAUACGUACGGACGAUGAUCACGUAGAGCCCAUCUACAAGCAUCUGGUACACAUGGACUACACAAAUCUGUUCUUCAUGGGCCUACCCGCGCUCGUGAUACCAUUCCCAAUGUUCCACGUCCAGGCGCAGUACGUCCUCGGGAUUCUUGAGGGUCGCAUCAAGCUGCCGUCGUCGCAACAGAUGCGCGAGGAAUACAAAAUCGAGAAGAAGUCUCUGUUGGACCAAGGCAUUCCGCUGAGGCACAUCAACAAAUUCAAGGACAGACAGUGGGCUUACUACGACGACCUUGCGACGGCUGCGAAUGUCAUAGGCUUCCAACCGGUGAUCAAGAAGAUCAUGGACCACGUUUUCCAGAUGCGCGAUGUAGACUUCACUACCUACAAAAAUUAUCAGUACCGCAUCAUCGAUAGCGAGAACUUCAGUGUGUCUUAUUGUAAACCUUGUUAAGGCCCACGCAAAAAAAGAAACGGAAAGUGAACAUGAUUUUAUUGCAAAAUAAUCGUACCGAAUUCAGACAGCCAGGCUCAACGAAUCGUUCGUCUUCCAAUGUCAGCAACAUUUAUGUUACUAGGUUGCGUAUAUCUACAUUGCGAAUCGACACGACAUAUAUUUUUUCGAUUAAGAUUGUUAAUAUUACUAACAAUUAAUGAUAACAAUCAGAAUUGAACGAAGGUGCUAGAUCCGUUUAGUAACGCCUUAAUGAAAGUGUUUACCAUUGAUAAUGUGCUUUUGCACAAGACCGUUUUGCAAUAUAGCUUGUUAUAAUAGUAAAUGAUAUAGAAAAGGAUAAUUAAAAUACAGGAUUAUCAUGUUACUUAUAAGAUUCAUAAAAAUGUAGCAUAUGCAUAUAUGUAUAUAUAUAUACAUAUAUAUGUAUAUACGUAUAUCCAUUAAUAGUUAGUUAUCAGAAAUCUUUCGAUGUUUACAAAAAGCACGCAAUAAAUACAAGCUACAUGUUGAGAACUACUAUAGAAUUAAUUUCUAUUCUUGUUUCUGAAAUCAACCAAUGCUUGCAUUAUGUGUAUUCAAAGAACGAGAUCAACUUUUUUUUUCAUCUUACAUAUCUAGAUUUCAAUAAAUUUUAUAGCCCCACUAAUAACUGUCUACAGGAGUAAAUAAGAAUACAUACAAAUGCAAAAUAAGAGAUAAGACAAUAAAUAGAUAUAUUUUGGAAGUA